AACAUAUUGAUGGUGGUAUUAGUGUUAGUAUGAAUAUAACAAAUACAUCUCAAAUCAGGGUAGAAUUAAACAAUAUGUCUUUUGAUAUCAAAUAUAUGAAUCAAAUUAUUGGUAAAAUUUCUUCAAGUUUCUCGAAUGAUAACAAUACACUUUCGUUCAAUGGGCGAUUACUGCCAUCAAAUACUAAAGAGGAAUUAGAUGCUAUGACUAAUGCAUUUUUCAAAAUUUUAUCUGGUGAAGAAUUAAAAUUUACAUUUGAAGCAAGAACAUCUUCGGAUUCUUGUUUAA